AUGUUAUAGGCGAUAUUUUAUAAUCUAUAGGUGUAGUUAUUGCUGCUUUAUUAAUAUUCUUCUAUGCUGAUACAAAAGAAUAUAAUUAUUGGCAUUUAGCAGAUCCUAUUUGUACUUAUUUGUUUUCUAUUUUAGUACUUUUUACUACUGUACAUAUAGUUAGGGAUUGUAUUAGAGUUUUAAUGGAAGGAACUCCAUAAGAUAUAGAAAUAAAAGAAUUCAAAGAUUCCUUAUUAAAAGUUGAAAAUGUAGUAGAAAUUCAUGAUUUACAUAUAUGGUCUUUAAGUAUUGGAAAACCUGCUAUGA